UGGCCGCCCGGGAAGGGGGGAGGGCGAGGCCCCGCGUGGACCGAGGGGCGCAGCGAGAAUUAUCCAACAUGUCUUCACUAACAGAAAAGGACAGACCAAUUGUUCAGCUGUUACUGAACACUGGUACUUGCCCACGGUGUAUUUUGAGGUUCUGCUGUGUGGGAUCACAGACACUUUAUAGGCAUCCGUACAAGGAUUUGAUGAAGGAUUUAAAAGAAUUUUUGAAAAAAAAUCAAGAAAAAGAAGAUACAGUUUGUUUUGAUGUAGUUGAUCCACCUUGUAAGAGAAUCAGACUUGAACACACAGAAGAAGGGCCUGAUGAUGUGAACCACAAUGGAGGACUCCAGCAGUUUCCUUUGGUUAACAAUGAAGAUACUGCAGUGGAGAACUUGGCUGUGAAGGUUUGCAACGUGUGUUUGGGAGUUCUUCAAGAGUUCUGCGAGGUUGACUUUGUUAAAAAGGUGUGCCAAAAGGUUAAUUCCGCUGACUACCAGUUCACUAGUUUUGUAUUUUCUAUGUCGCUACCCCCACAGCUGUCUGUUAGGGAGCGUGCUGCUUGGCUGCUGGUAAAACAGGAAAUGGGAAAUCUGGGCCUUUCCUUGGCAAAGGAUGACAUUGUUCAGCUGAAAGAAGCUUAUAAGUGGAUUAUUCAUCCCCAGUUGUCAGAGGAAUUGGGUGUUCCUGCUGAUGGAAAGAGUUUGUUUGAAGUUAGCGUGGUCUUUGCUCACCCAGAAACAGACGAGGAGUGCCAUUUCCUAGCAACAGCCUGUCCAGACUGUUUCAAACCAGCGAAGAACAAACAGUCUGUUUUCACUAGAAUGGCAGUUAUAAAAGCCCUAGAGAAGAUAAAAGAAGAGGAUUUUCUGAAGCAUUUUCCAUGUCCCCCAAGUUCACCAAAGAACCUCUGUGUUGCUCUGGAAAUUCAGUGCAAUAAUGGUGCAGUUUUUGUGGCUGGAAGAUACAACAAAUAUUCAAGGAAUUUACCUCAGACUCCUUGGAUUAUUGAUGGGGAGCGGAAGCUGGAAUCUUCAGUGGAAGAACUGAUUUCAGGGCAUCUAAUGGCAGAAUUCAAAGCAGAUAGCUUUAAUUUUUCUUCCUCUGGAAGAGAAGAUGUGGAUGUGAGAACACUAGGCAAUGGAAGGCCCUUUGCAAUUGAGCUUGUGAAUCCUCGUAGAAUACAUUUUACUGCUGAGGAAAUGAAGGGACUUCAGCAGACAAUUAAUAACUCCUCAGACAAAAUACAGGUUCGAGAUUUACAGCUUGUCACCAGAGAGGCAAUUGGUCGUAUGAAGGAAGGUGAAGAGGAAAAGACAAAGACCUAUAGUGCCUUAAUAUGGAUAGAUAAAGCAAUACAGAAAGAAGAUAUUGCAUUUCUAGAUGAUAUCAAGGAAUUAAAACUUGACCAGAAGACACCUCUCCGGGUUCUUCACAGAAGGCCUCUAGCUGUAAGAUGUCGGAUUAUUCACACCAUGAAAUCUGAGUACAUAGACGAGCAUCAUUUUCGCCUGCAUCUGAAGACCCAAGCGGGAACCUACAUUAAAGAAUUUGUGCAUGGAGACUUUGGAAGAACAAAGCCCAAUAUUGGCUCUCUACUGAACAGAACUGCCGACAUUCUGGAGUUGGAUGUAGAAUCUGUUGAUGUUGACUGGCCUCCAACCCUGGAUAAUUAACUUUUCAAGCUGGGACGAGGAAGAAGCAGCAACUCUGUCAGCAGCUGGUCACUGAACACUGUACAGUAUUACAGCUUGGUUGCAAACUAUUUCUGUUGAACAUUUGGAUCAUGUUGAUCUGCCAAAGGAUGCUGUCACUUUAAAUCAACUUUAAACACUCUGGAACAGGUAGUGUUCAUUCAAUCUCUAGCCUUAUGUUAAUUUCUUCUGUGCAUGAAAAGAUUUUGGUAAGCUAGUGUAUUGAUACAAAGUCUUUUUUAAAAAACAAUUAAGAAAAAGAUAAAUGGUGUAACAUGUACAAAUGGUGUACUGAGCAAGUGCAUCAAAUAUGCCUUCUGCAGUAGUUUUAAAAUGUUUUAAUUAAAAAUAACCCUCCCUCAAGCCAGGUUUUUUUAACUCUCUUUAUAUUGAAUGCUGCAGCUUUCAUGUCUGGAUGCAGGUAGCACUGAAUUACCUGAAACCCAGUCCUAACUUUUUUUCUGAGCAUUAUUCAUGCAGGAAUACUUCCCAAAAGUCAGGGAGACUCUGAAACCAGUAGGAUAGUGCCUGGAACGAGGCAGCACUCCACUCUCUGCUGACUGCUUUUUGGUCAGUGUCAGUUUUAGAGAUGGGCAAAUUUAUCUCCCAGACAAAGUACUUCUCAAAGGGAAAAACAGCGUUCAGAGGAAAACUUUGCACUUAAAACCAAGUUUUUCUCAUUUAAAAACAUCAGCAAUGCUUCCUAGAAACAACAGUUGAGGUACUUGAGGCCUCAACAGCUCUCUGGCCUGGUUACAGUCCUCUUCAGGCAUAGGACUUCCCCAGUUGAGUCACCAUAUAUAAAAAGAUCGGGAACUCCUGGCAGUGAUGCAUGAUGGAACUCUAAAGAAAAAUAGGAAUACCAAGAACCUCAAAGUGCAGGCAAAUAUAAAAACGUACCGAAGAAUCUUGGUAUAGAGAGAGACCAAGACAGAGAUAAAGAGCUUUGGUUUAGUAGCAUAAUACAUUUUUUUCUAGUGCCUAGCCUUGGAUGGAUGCCUGGAAGAAUUGAACAUUGCCUAGAAACUUGCCUGGAAUAGGGAAGACUAGAGUUUUUCUCUGUGCUUAUGUGAUUUUUAAAUCUUUCAUACAAAGCACCACCUACAUCUUCAGGAAAAGCCACUUCUAUGCCUGUAUCAUGUUAAUCCAUUAGGAAGAUGCUUGUGCUUACCUGAAGUACAGAAGAGUGUUAAACUAUCAACAAGAAAUUAUGGUUUGGAAUUGAAGGGCUCCUCAUUAAUUAACAUUUGAUAAGUAAAGAGGGUAAUAUUUGCUGAGACAAACCACUGUCUGGGGACAGACAGGAUUACUGGGAUGUCUUACCUUCAAUUCAGUGGUGCCAGGACCUCGUAAUAGGACAGCUGUAUGAUAACUUCAGCUGAAGGUUCAAAAAGGCAUUAAUAAAUACAUUUUCAAGGAGGUCUUAGAAACUGAUGUUGGAAAAAUAGUCUAAAUAUUAUACACUCCGCCUGUGCUGGGCUGUCAAAACUUGUGUCUCAUCAUUUGUUUUCCUAAUCCACUGUAGCAUAAGUAUGGUAGUAGUUCAGAAGCUCCUGUUUUUCUAACACAAAAAUAAUAGGAACAUGAGUCAGACAGCACUAUUUUUUUGUUUUUCAUUUAAAGCUGUUAUGAGCAACAGAUUCCAGGAGUAGUUGUCUCAGAUAGAUAAUAAGCUGUACCCAGAAAGGAAGUAUUGUGAAUGACGGAAAACAUAAGAAACUGAAUUCAGAAAACAAACAAAAGAGAAUAUCAGUCUCAUAUCUAUGUGAUUUCUUGAAACUCAAAGUGAGCUAAAAUAUGAUUUAUAAAUUCCAUAAACUACAGGGGAAAAAAAUGUAAACAAGACUGCACUAUGGGCACAACAGACAUGAGAAGAGCUGUUCCAAGGGGGAAACAGAGCUCACAAGGCAGAAGCCGAAAGGGCUCCUGCUCCUGCUGUAGUGCAAGGACACUCGAGGCACUGCCAUCCGCAGCUCUUUCUGCACUGUGCUGUACGUUAGCAUGGUGACAGUGGAGAACAUGUUAAAAAUCAAAGUGCAGAUAAACAAGGCUAUAAAGAUUACACUAAAUGUGUGGAGUCUAAUCUCUUCUCCAUGCAGUGUAGAGAGGUCUGCCAAAAAUUCCCAAAUAGCUCAUUUUUAUGAUAAAUGUGAAGUACCCAAAUGAGGGGAAAAAAAAGCUGAUGAUGCAAGUAUCUCUACAGUUCUUUACACAGUUAUUGUUCAGUGAUCAUGUGAAAAUAUGAAAAUGAGAGAUGUAAUCUGUUUUUUUUGAACUUUGUUUAAAGUCUGCAAUUUCUAAUACAAAGUAAACACUUUGAACUAUCAUAAUCUGUGAUGAAUAUUGCAGCAAUAAUAUUAACGUACUUUGGCCUUCAUCUUAUUUUUAAAAGGAAAAUACCUACUUGUGAGUACUCAGAUAGGAUAUUUUGUGAGAAUUAAGAUUUAAUCUUGUUCAUUAGGCAUGUGUGAAAGAGGGAGGCAUUUUCUAGCACAUUAUGUGAAAAAUACUAAAAAAUG